AUGGCUAGGAACGGUGAUUACCUUCGGUGCUUACAAGAACGCAAACAUGAAGGAUUCUUCAAGGCCGUUCAGAGUAUAGAUGUUGCUUCAGAAAACAUGCGAGCACUUCCUCAUGACUUCGUGAGAAGCUUCUCAGACAAAGAGCUCUCAUGUAAGAUGAAGAUAAGAACACAAUGGGGACGCUCUUGGGAAGUAGAAAUUUCCAAAAACCCGAGAUUUUACUUCAUGGAGAAGUCUGGUUGGGACAAGUUUGUGAAGGACAAUGCCUUGGGACACAGUGAGUUUCUUACAUUCACUCACAAUGGAAACAUGUGUUUCACUGUUAACAUCUUCAAACAAAACGGCAAGGAGAUGCUCCAACCUUCACAUUCCAGAGCAUUCUUGGCUUCUUCAAGUCGGGUUAAAACAGAACAAAGAAGAGGUAGUGUCUACAAUGAUUUCAAGAAAGAAGAAGUAUUGUCUCCUGAGUUAAGUAAUCGUUCCCCAACAACAGUAGUUGAAUCAAAUGGAGGAGAAAGUUACAAAAGAAAGCUCAGCUUUGGGAAGAAGAAAGCUGAGGAAACUCAAAACUCGAAGAGGACUGAGAAAGUAGUAAGGGCGAGGAGAGAUUCUGCGGGAGCCUCUUCGUCUUCGGUUUCAGAAUUCACCAUCUUAUUCAAGAAAGCAAAUCAGAUAUUCCAGAGGAUCCCGGUUUCAUUUGCAAAGGAUCAUAUGCCGGAAGAGAAGACAAUGUUCAAGAUUCAUCACCAAGAUGGGAAGAAAUCUUGGAAUGUGAUAUAUCUAAUGAAGUUUAGAUCUUUCUCUGGUGGAUGGCGCUCUGUGGUUAAAGAGUAUCCUCUUGAUCCUGGGGAUACCUGCAAAUUCACACUUAUCGAACCAAACGAGUUGCUUCUCGUUGUCUUCAAACCCUAAGAGAAGACUCAAUGAUGAUGAUGGGUGUGAGGGGUUAGCAUCUUCGAGUAAAGGAACCUUUGUGUUUAAUAGUCUUGUCUAGUCCUGGGCGUUCGGAUAUUCGGUUCGGUUUCGGUUCGGUAUGAUUAGGUUUCGGAUACUUUCGGACUUGACUAUAAGAUCCAUUCGUUUUUUUUGGAAUUUCGGUUCGGUUUCGGUUCGGUACCUUUCGGU